AUGUCGCAGUACGAAAAUGUCAUCAUGCUGCCGCAGACCAACCAGCUGAAGUGUCUGUACACGAUCAUCCGUGACAGAAAUACCCGUAGAGGAGACUUCAUCUUCUACUCUGAUAGAAUUAUCCGACUGUUGGUGGAAGAAGGUCUUAAUCAGCUGCCGAUCGAGUCCUGCCAGGUUCAGACUCCUCUGGGAGUAUCCUACGACGGCCACAAGUUCCUGGGCAAGAUAUGCGGGGUGUCCAUCAUCCGGGCUGGAGAGAGCAUGGAACAGGGUCUCAGAGACUGCUGUCGGUCUGUGAGAUUGGGCAAGAUUUUAAUUCAGAGGGACGAGGAAACGGCCACUCCAAAACUCUUCUACGUCAAGCUUCCGGAGGACAUUCCGGAGAGAUACGUGUUUUUGCUGGACCCGCUGCUUGCCACUGGUGGCUCUGCGUCGAUGGCCGUGGACGUGUUGCUGCAGAAAGGCGUGAAAGAGGAACGGAUCCUGUUUCUCAACGUGCUGGCCAGUCCGGAGGGAAUCGAGGUGUUCAAGAAAAAAUUCCCGAAAAUCAAGGUCAUCACCGGAAUGAUCGACCAGGCUCUGGAUGAGAAGAAGUUUGUUGUUCCUGGUCUGGGAGACUUUGGCGAUAGAUACUACUGUAUCUGA